AUGGCCGCUGACGAGCUUGUUUUGCUGUGCGCGAUCCUCGACGAUGCCGGAUGCAACGUUGUCAUGCCUCUAGUAAUUGCAGCGCUAUAUAACCCUCCAGCCGAAUGUACAGUCGUGCCCAACAUCCGCUUCUGUCUUGCAUCUACGGCAGAUGCCGAUGCUGCGUUCGACUUUCGUUUUGAUGUUGAGAGCAUUAUGUCUAUGGCAUCGCUUUUCAAGUUGUCCGACCGGUUAUCACGGGACAUCGCAGCAGCGUGCACAAAACAGAAGCUCUGUGCACAUUAUUACAUCGACUUAGCUAUCCUAAGCGCCUUGUGGAUAUGCGGGACGUUUGGGAGAUCGGAGGGUGCGUUUACUCGGGUGGUGCAAAUUUUUCAAAGUCGAACCGCUGAAUAUGCUGAUGCCAUCCAGCGUAAGGAAUCUCCUAUGAAGAGCAAUUUCAGUUUUAUAGAUGGAACGAAGAACGCAGUUUGUCGUCCCUCCCCACGCCCUAUCGGAAUUGAGAAUUUACAGCGACAAGUUCACUCGGGCCACAAGCGCAUUCACAGUCUAAACUAUCAAUGCAUCACUACACCUGAUGGGUUGUCGCUUCAUUGA